AUGUCCAGCAAAGACAACGUUCUCUUCUCCGAUAUCUUUGACAUCAAGGACGUCGAUGGCGCAGGAAAGAAGUUCGACAAGGUCUCGCGUAUCAACGCCCGCAGCGAGAACUACGAGAUGGAACUGACCUUGGAUAUCAACAACGAGCUCUACCCCCUCGAGAUCGGCGAGAAGUUCUCCCUCGUCCUCGCCACCUCGCUCUCCCUCACCACCGCCGUCGGAAACGAUACCUCGGGAACUCAGGAGUCCUGGCGCGAGAAGGUUGGAGGCGAGCGUACCCUUGCUGAUGACUAUGAGUAUGUCAUGUACGGCAAGGUUUAUAAGUACGAUGAGGGCCAGGGCAGCAAGGUCUCGGUCUACAUUUCAUACGGAGGACUCUUGAUGUGCUUGGAGGGAGACUUUAGACAUUUGCAGAGCAUUAGCUUGGGCGAGAACUUGUACCUGUUGAUGCGCAAGUAA